CAAAAUUUGGAGCCGCGUCUGCUUGUUCGGGGAGGGCUCUCCUUGUCAACCAAAAUUGAAUAUUUGAAAGCGAAGAAGUCACCUUCUGGCCCGCGGGUGGCAUACAACUCUGCGCUGGGAAUGAGUUCGCCCGCUUGAGCAACCGUCAACUUUAACACGCCCACGCGAGCUUCACAACCUCUCCCCUCCACACAAACCGAAAACAACGGCAAACAUGGAACCCAAUGUACCAGUAACAGACUUCCCGGUCCUCCCAAUGGUGCUCCCAGUUCCCCAAUACGUCCCACAAGCUACGAAUGGUCAGGCUGUUGCCCCUCCACCUGCAGAAGGCAUCAGCGCAGAUGAAAUCGCUCUUUACGACCGUCAAAUCCGACUAUGGGGUGUCCAAGCCCAAGAGAAAAUCCGCAACGCCAACAUCCUCCUCAUAACCAUGAAAGCUCUCGCCAACGAGAUAGCCAAGAACCUCGUCCUGGCCGGAAUCCACUCACUCACCAUCGUCGACCACGAGCAAGUCACCGAGAACGAUCUUGGCGCGCAAUUUUUCAUCUCCGAAGCAGACAUUGGCAUAAACCGAGCAGAAGCCGCUGCACCACAAAUCAGAAAGCUGAACCCGAGAGUCAAUGUGGUUGUCGAUCCGAGCGAUAUCAAGACUAAGGGACCAGAUUUCUUUGGCCAGUUUGAUAUUGUGAUUGCGACGGAUUUGCAGCCGGAUACAUUGAAUAUCAUCAAUACGGCGACGAGGAUCAACCAUAGGCCAUUCUAUGCGGCGGGUGUGCAUGGUUUCUACGGCUUCAUAUUCUCGGAUCUGAUUCAGCAUGAUUAUGUGAUUGAGAGGGAGAAGAGCAAUGUUGCUACGGCUAUUCAAGCGGAGACACGAACACGCAGUGUAAUUGAUGUGAAGGACAAGAAGGAGAAUGGAAAGAAUUUCGAAAUGGUUACGAAGAGAGAGUUGUAUUCUACGUGGUUCCUGGCUAGCGACGCUGCGAUCUUGCCAGCCGAGUUCUUGAAGAGUAGGAGACGAUUGAAGGCGGUCACACCCAUUCUCUCGUGCUUUCGGGCCCUUUGGGAGUUCCUUGAACUUCAGGACGGACGCCUCCCAAGCACGAGUGACGAUCUCAAGAUGUUCACUGUCCUUGCAACGCAAAAGCACGAACAUCUUAAACUUCCGAGCGAGACCUUGCGAUCUGUGGUGCUUCGGAAGUUCUUGCAAAAUCUGGGCAGUGAAAUUGCUCCGGUGACGGCGGUUCUUGGUGGCCAGCUUGCUCAAGACGUGAUUAACGUUCUUGGAGCUCGUCAACAACCGAUCCAGAAUAUGGUGAUCUUUGAUGGCGAUUCGAUGGAAGCGCCGAUGUAUGCUCUGCACCCGGAAGGUGGUUUGGGCGAAGCGUUGCUGCCUCUCUCAGUUGGAGCAGGCAAUGGCGUGGCGAUGGGCAAUGGUAUGAUGCCGAUGAAUGGCGUGGAUUUCCAACCUAUAGUGGUUUAGAGAUCUUUCAGCUAUUAGAGUCUUGAUCGAUUGGAUCAUACCUGGCUGGAGCAAUCCAUAUUGCAGGCGCUCAGAUAUUCCGACAAAAGUGUGGGUGGGAUGGUUAUACCGGGUGGCGUUGUGCGUAAGGAGUUAGCGGAUGAUUUGGGUGGAUCAUAGCCAAAAAAUCUGACUUUCAAUCGCCUUC